AUGGAAGAAAAACAGAAGUUAGUACCGCGCAUGGAAUGGCUCAAUGAAUUCGCCCGACCAGAAACGGCUGGCGCUAAUUCGAAUGGGAAUUUCAAAAAAGUUUGGUCGAGAAAUGUCUUUGAUAUUGUCAGCAAGGUUGGUCAACGCCGGAAUUUAAAAACAGAGCUGGGUACCGCACAUGGAAUGGCCUAAUGAGCUCGAAAUUUCCUUAAAACCGUCUUUUAUUUCAUUUUUUGGCAUCUCAUUGGAAGCGAUUCAUGUCAUCACGGACAUAUUUGCUAAGCAACAGAAAAAUGAACAUGUUCCUUUUUUUUCGAUCAUUUUUCUGCGAGAAAAUGUUCCGCGCGGCCGUUUUAUUCCUUCACAUUGCUUUUUCAGAGGUUUUAUUUAUUAAUCUCACGUAACUUCGAUAUCGAAUGGAUCUUUGAAACUUAGGAACGCCGAAGUGGCCCCUAUAGGGACAAAGGGCCUUUAAAAGUUCCCUAGAGGGACCACUUAAGCUUUGGUGACUUAGUGGUCGGACCCUGAACCCAUAUAAAGAAUACCAUUACCACUGUAGGGAGCCCUUUUUCGCCCCUAUAGGGGCUGAUUUUUCUCCUUAACCCUAUAGGGGCCACUCUCGACGUUCCUGAGAUACUGAAACUAGACAGUUAAUGAACAAAAAGAUGAUAAAUCAUUUCUUGCAGUUCUACUCGGCCGAGAUCACCCAAGUUCGAUUCUACACGAUCAAAAAGCCGUACGAUUUGGCCAGCAGACAUGUCCUCAAAACUGUGAGAUUUAGAGUUUCUGAAGAGACGGCAGAGAAAGAGAGAUCCUUUGCCUGUCUGGCGUCUCUUCAGGCCGCCAUUAUCUCUCACCUUCCCUAGUCAAAAACGCCAGAGUGGCCCCUAGAGUGGAACCACCAAUUUUGCCCCUCCAGGGGCCACUCUGGCUUCUCUGAGUAUUUUUUUCUUGAAAAAUCGGCAGACAUGUCCUCAAAACUGUAAGAUUCAGCAUUUCUGAAGAGACGGCAGAGAAAGAGAGAUUCUCUGCUUGUCUUGCGUCUCUUCAGACCACCACUGAUCUAUCACCUCGCGUCAGAGUGGCCCCUAGAGUGGAACCACCAAUUUUGCCCCUCCAGGGGCCAUUCUGGCUUCUCUGAGUAUUUUUUUCUUGAAAAAUCGAUAAAGUCCAGGGUAUUCCAAUCAACCCACCUUUCAACAAUAGAAGCAUGGAUAAUUGCUUCGCAAAGUGUGUUCAAGUCGGCUGUAUUCUAGUCACCGUUUAUUGUCAAGGAACUAACGUAAGUCUAUUUUUUCCGAUAACUCUUAAAUUUUUUGAAAAUCGCGGUACAAUGAGCAAAAAAAGGAAAAAACCGAGAGGAAAAGAUCUGACAAAUGAAAGUCUGCUCCAUGGAUAAAUUUUUACUAUCCGACAUCAUGGAUCUCCAUAACUUAAGCAGGCCGUUUCGGAGCGUUUCUAGUGACCACUUUAGUGGCGUCAGAUGCUUCAAAAGGUCUCUAGGAUUGUGAGAUCAUUAUUGAGGUUUAAAAAAGGUGAAAAAGUGCUCUGGACGUUUCCGGGCGAUUCUAGUGACCAAUUAAGGGGGCUAAAGCUACUAAAGUGGUCACUAGCAAUGCCCUAACAGGUCUGCUUCUGGUCUGGGACGAGAAAGAAUGUGAAGAAAAAGUUUCACUUAGCCAUGGGGCGCACUUUCUCGGCUUUUUUUUUUCAGAAAACAGAAAUUAGAAAUUAACCAAAAUAGAUAUUUUGACUCAUCAGAAAAGUUUUUUCAGACCUACUGCGCCCUAAUCGACUGGCCCCACACUUUGGAUCCAGAAGAUGGACGGGAACUACCGUUCAACGAUUCCACCUACAGAUAUUCCUUCUACCCGGAUAAUUCGACCUUCGACUGCAGUCAGCCGCACGUCUCCUGGCUUGACACUUUUUUCCAGCCUUGA